AUGGCCGAAGAGACGAACGAAGCGAUCCUGGAAGCCCGCAGAAAGUUGCAGGCCAAAUUUGACUCCCGGAUCGGAGGAAAGGGAACGCAGAGACGAAAAGUUAAGGCCAAGCCGUCCACGGCGUCCACAGUCAAGUACUCUAUGUUUUGCCUUUGUAGGCAUCGAAGCAGAGCACAUACGAUUUAAAGAAGGAGUGUAGUUCUUGGGCACAACGGUAUACUCUGCGUCAGCAUGCAACAAGGACUACUUGAAAAUUGAUUUAUGAAAUUUUCCCAAAACAGUGACGACAAAAAGUUGGUGACGCAAUUUAAGAAGAUGGGUCUCAAUCAAAUUCCCGGAAUCGAGGAGGUCAACAUGUUUACGGACAAAAAUGAAGUCAUUCAUUUCAAGGACCCAAAGGUAAGACCUUAAUUAGUUUAGAAACUGGAGGAAGCGCUGACGCUGAGCUAAAGACUCUAGCAGCAGCUGCAUGAGGACCCUCGCAUAUUUUUGACAGGAGGACGAGGAUAGUAUGUGAAGUUAAAAAUUCUGACGCAUGCGGCCACCGCCAUGCAGCGAGAGCCUCACGAUCCCAGCGCGGUUUAAGUAUUAGUAUUUCAAAUUGAAAUAUCUACGAACAGGUCCAUGCCAGCCUGCAGGCGAACACCUACGCCGUCGCGGGAAACCCGGAGACCAAGUCGCUGCAGGAAAUGCUCCCCAAAGUCAUCAAUCAGCUCGGUAAGCAGAGAAAUCGCGAACCUAUUCUUGUUUUUGCAUUUAGAAAUGUAGCGCAUUUCGUAUCGUUGGGCUUUCUCCUUGCUUGUCCUGAAGUCCUCUCGCGUAAGUAGUUAGCAAAAUCAAUCCUUGAUAGAAAAAAAAAAACAGGCUCCGAGAAUUUGAUGUCUUUGCGGUCCGCAUUGGAGGCGUCCGGCACUAUGCCCGGCGCCGGCGCCAAGCCGGACGAAAUCCCGGACUUGGGCGACGCAACUUUUGAAGAUGCAGCGAAGGUCGAGGAUGUCGAAGUGGACUAAAACCGGAACGAGACGUGUGUCGCUUUUUUCACGAGGCAGAAGUAAACGACGACUUUUUUGAGAAGAGACAUCCAUUUUAGAAAAUCUUCAUCCUUCCACCUGGUUCUGGCCCUGCUACGAAUUCCAGCUAUCGAGGAGGCAGACGCGGCGAAAGGAAGAGGAAGAGGUGCUACCCACUCGAGCUCGAGAAAUAGGAGGACUAGUAUGCCAAGGAUCACUAACACUCUGUUGUGAAUCCUAACCUGGCUGGCGCGGAGUGCGGAACCACGAUUUGCAAGACGACGUGCCUGUUGAGCAUUUUCUCGGUACUGGGGAUUUUAGCCCACAGUCAGAACCAGUGAGAGAGAUGAAGCAAAAUCACAAUCAGCAACUUGUAUCACAUUUGACACGCAACAAGAGCUUUUCGGUUUUUAGAUAGUACUGAAUUUCUAAAACAUCACUUUCUGUUGAGUCUAGCGAAGCAGAAGAACUAUACGCAGACGAGGACGCCGAAAUUUAAUUUUAGAGGGGACCCCUCUGUCACACCCUGUUCAGAAGCGCCGCCGCUACCACAGAAACAGUGCUGUAUGUAUUGCCAAUAUAUGUAAGUACUUUGAUGAUUUCACUUUUCGAGUAUUGAAACUGAAAAUCAUUUUAUCGACAAGUCGAGUCGUCCCCCGUAAUAUUCGCCUGAAGUUCUAAAUCAGCUGCUCCGGCCGCUGGAUUGAAAAGGGUCCACCAGCGCUGCGUCACAAAGGCAGACGGCAGUAAACGCAAAUGGAAUGUUCGCAAAGCCUUGCGUGCCUUCGUG